AUGUUCCAACUAACAAGAUCACCUUAUGUAAAGAAAAUCCACUCAAAUCUUUUUCUUUCAUAUAAAAGGCUUCACAAUGAGGCAAAAUUACUUAAACAUACACAAAAGGUUCCGAAGGUGGCAGCGAAAAUAAAUUCUAAUCUAAACGAAGGGCAUGUUUCAAAUUUGAAGAAAGAAACCAUUGGUUUGCCGAAAGCAUCGAACAAAAAAUUAGGAUCUCGACAAGAACUUUCCAAAACGCGUAAAACCAAACCUACAUCCGUGAAAGAUUCACUCGAAAUUAAGAGUACAUCAAAAUCUCCGAAAAAUGUUGCAAAUAAACAAAAAAUUGUGAAUGAACAAAAAGCCAAAAAUACUCGAGUGGCUGCUAUUAUACCCGAUCCGACGAAGGAGGUCACCGUAAACCCUUCAACCAUUGUGGCUAUUCCUAAUCCAGUGGAUGCUAAUAUCAAGGAAACAGAAAUAAGUUCUGCAGAUAUUGAGAAUCCAGUAUCGUCCAUUACUUAUUUGGAAGUCGGCGAUUUUGCUGAGUUAAGAAGAAACGGAAAAUCAUAUUCGGGAAUUGUCACAAAAACACGUUCGGACCCUACGUCUAUGGGGAAAAAUCAUAUAUUAUUACCUAAUGGAUUUAUUAUUCCGUACCGCAAUGAUGAUGUGGUAUUCUACAUUCGCGGAUAUGCGUACACUCAAAAAUUGAACGAUUCUAUUCUUCCACCUGGUUCUCCGAUUCCUUCAAAUUAUGGAAAGAUCGCGGGUGACCUAUCAAAAUCGGCAGCAAUUCUCUUACAAUCUAGGAUUCUCGAGUUUCGUCAAGCCUAUUCUCAUUUUGCGUCUUCUGAUGAAACGGAAAUGAAAACCGUCAACAUUAAUGAUUUAGCUUGCCACAUUUUCAAAACAAAGCAGCCGCAAAAUUCGCAGGUCCUUGCAACAAUCAUGUAUGUACUUAAGGAGAAUACAUAUUUUAUGACUGAUCCUAAUAAAUUGAGAGAGAGUGGAAGAUUUCAGCUGAGAGCUAAAGCUGAUGUCAAUGCUAUAACAAAAGUGUUGGAAUGGAUCCGAACACGGGAUACCAAAUGUACCGAGUUCCAAUCAAAAGCACAAGCAAUCAUCAAUUAUAAACGUUCGAUCACGGAGAAUAAAAAUAAUCUUGAUAUCUCAUCUACUAGAAUUGAAUCUCUCCCAGAAUUCACCGAGGCUGAUAAGCUGUUCAUUCAUUUUUUCAAGUCUUAUGUUGUAAAUAGUAGUUCAUUUGACGCGUCCAUAUCUGCUAUGCUUAAACCUAUGAAAUUGUAUGACACUGACCUUGAUAAAGAAUGCGCUAUCAGGUUCCUGAAAGACAUAGGAGUGUGGACGCCGUGGGAGAACUUGAAUGCUUAUGAGCCAUCAAUUAUGUUGAAUGGUCAUGGUGUUUCAAGAACGGCAGAUAGUGAUUACGAAGAGUCUGUAAAACUAGCUGAGAGUUUGAUGAGUACAAACCCGUUUAUUUACAAGCAAAAAUAUACGUUUCCUGAGGAGUCACCAUCAUCUUUGACCUCUUCAAUGAGGCAAAUUCUCGUUAAAGCAUCUUCGAAUCUUGGGCCAAAAGAUUUCUAUCAACAUGAUAUUUGUGAGGAUAUCCGACAUGAUUUCGGCGAUCUUCCAGUUUACACAAUAGACGACCAUACGGCGCAUGAGCUUGACGAUGGAAUAUCAAUUGAAUACGUUGACGCUAAUAAGUUUGAACCUUCCUCAACUUGGGUUCAUGUUCACGUUGCGGAUCCAUCUACAUAUAUUCACCCCACUCAUCGGUUAUCACAAAUUGCGCGAUCAAGGGUUCAAAGUGUCUAUUUUCCUGAACGACACUAUGCGAUGUUGCCAUCUAUAAUGAGCGAAAAAAGAUUUAGUUUAGGAGUCAACUCAGAAAGCAACGGUAACUCCGUUAUGUCAUUCAGUUUUCGAAUAGGAGGCGACGGAAAUUUAUUAGACUAUAGUGUGCGACCAGGCAUCGUUAGAAACGUAAAGACCUUGUUCUACGACGAUGUGGACACGAUUUUAUCGUGGGAAAACAUCGGUGGUACAAAGGAAGAAAUUGAUUUUUUCCAAAAACAGCUGCAUUAUCAUCCUCAAUUGAUUCCCGUGCCAAAGAACGUACACAGAGAACUACCGCCUUCUUCAAAAGAAGAUCUUAAUAUGUUACAGAAAAUUUCAUUUUUGCAUGCAAAGAAUAGAAUAAAUUCUGGAGCAAUCAGCAUGGGAACACCACAACCGUCAAUUCAGUUGUCACCGUUUCCACUUCCAGCUGCGAAUCCUGACCCUCAAGGUCCAAUUUUAUAUUCUGGAAUGCCCACAAUUCAGGUUGGACUUGAUAAAAGUAUGCAUUCUCCCGCUCGUGCAAUGAUCGCUGAGUAUAUGAUAUUGGCUGGUGUUGUUGCAGCAAAGUUUUGUCAGGAACGGAAUAUUCCUAUCUUAUAUAGAAAACAAGAAAUUCCUAAUUCGCCAAUUCUAGAAGAGGGAAUGAAAUUCAAAGAUAUGCGGAAUGGAAUUAUUCCCGUUACGUCCAUAGUAAAGAUGCGCCCGAUGAUGACACCCGCUGAACUUUCAACAGAGUUUGGGCCACAUUGGGCCAUGGGAAUCCUUGGUGGAUAUGUAAAAGUUACAUCACCACUGCGUCGAUAUGGAGAUAUAUUAGCGCAUUGGCAAAUGAAGGCUGAUCUUCUUGGAUUGAAAUUUCCGUUUUCUAAAGAAGAAUUGACGAAUAUGGCAAAACACAUUCGAUCAAGAGAAAGGGAAAUAAGUAGGACACAAACACGUAGUGAAAAAUUCUGGAUACUUAAUUUGUUCAAUCGUAUGAUUGAAGCCGGGACUUUACCAGAGCUAACUGGAAUAAUAGUAGAUAUUUUGGAAAAGGGGGAGAAAACAGUGAUUUUGAAAGAAUUUGGAAUUCUCGGAAAGUUCAGUGGCACAACGGAUGGGCAAGUUGGUGAUGUACUAAACGUGAAACCAACAUUAGUUCAGCCAAAUAAAGUUCAUCUGUGUUUAGGACCUGCAUAG